CGUUGAAGUCCCACGUGUACAAGCUUUGUAGUGAAGGCAUGGACGGUGGUCAUCACACUUUCCAACCCCGUUCGCCAUCCCUCUCCCCAUCCCCGUCCCCAAUGCCUGUCGAAACAUGCAUGGCGGAUGUCCCACCAUCGACCCCUGCCACAUACGUCCCAGGUUAUCAAGCUUCGUCACCUGCUGGAGAUGGGUCGUCUUACAUACGGCCAACUCCCGUUAUGCCACACGGUCUGCCGCCCCUGCCAGCGUUCAAGAAUCUGCACAUUUCGAUGUACACUGUGGGAAGAGAGCCUCGAUCUACGACUGCCCUCCUCGCCGAAGGUGAUAGCCUUGGACCGCCGCGAGGUGGAGAAUCGUAUGGGCGCAGUGUUGGGUAUCAUGGGUGGGGCACGCCAUGUGGAGGUCAGUGGCAACACUCACCGCCAGCCAUGGGACCCAACAGGGAAGGAGAGGUGCCUGCGGGGGGGCCUGCAUCAUCGACACAUACAUCAUACGUUGCUGGCCCUGCUGGGCACAUGCAUGCGGGGGUAGGUGGAGCCACCCCCAUGAUCUAUUAUUCAAGACCGCCUCCUCCAUCACCAGUUGGAGGCACUGCGCAGUCCAUGCCUUUAGAUGCAGCGUUCCGCAGUCAUGACGGUUGGCGGCUUCAUGUUGUCGAUUCCGAAAUAACGAAAAAUGACCCUUCUGAAUCGGUCGCCGAUCUGGGUGAAAAUAUGGACAAGCAGGACUCUGGAAUGGGCGAGACGUGGACAUCACCGACUGCCGGCAUAGCUGGUACGCAAAGCACGGGGCAUGUGACAGUCGACAUUAGCGAUGAAGGCAAAACGGAUGACGGGGUGGGUGGAGAAGCAAGGAAGAAGAGCAGAAGGGUAGGUGGGGGAGGGCGUGGCGGGGACAAGCCCGAAGUCCGAGGUGCGGAUUGGGGUUCCGGGGAGAGCGUCCCACUGCUGAAACUGCUUUUCGAAGAAGACUGUAUGCAGCAAAAGAAAAAAGGCAGGCAACAGAUCAGAAGCAGGAAGGAGAAGUACGAGUGGAUUGUGAAGAAGCUUGUCGAGAAAGGAUAUUGCGAGCGCACCGUGGACGAACGCGAGAGGAAGUACUACGGGCUCCUAGAUAGCGCAAAGAGGAUUCGUGAUUUUGGAGGGAAGUCUGGCGCGCCGUCGUACAAGAAUGCGUCACGGGAUGUGCGAAAGGCGGCAGGACUUUCGUUGACGUUUGAACGCGAGUUGUACGAAGCACUGCAGUGGAACUUGAAGCUUGCAAAAGCAGAUGGACACUGCGCUGGUCUCAUGCAGAGUGCGCAUCUACAAGGAGGGUUGUCCAACACAGACAAGCCGGGACAAGGAAAGCUUUGACACGGGCGGUGGGGAGGACACAAGAGGCGGCCGCCGGAAAG